GAGAGAGAGAAAGAGAGAGAGUGACAGAGAGAGAGAGAGAGAAAAAGAGAGACAGAGAUAACUGUUAAGAUGACGACAGCCGCCUUUUCCCAUGAGCCCGGGACCGCUAUGGAGUGUUUGAGCAUUCCUAUAACACUAGAGAAGGACGCAGGCAUUGAUGAACAUGGCAAACAGGUUCUCAAAUGCGGAUUCCGGAUUGGCGGAGGCAUCGACCAGGAUUUUAUGAAGAGUCCGCAAGGAUAUACUGACAACGGCAUUUACUGCACUGAGGUUCACGAAGGGAGCGCAGCCUCUCGAGCCGGUCUACGUGUACAUGACAAGAUUCUACAAUGCAACGGAUAUGAUUUUACAAUGGUCACGCACAAAAAAGCUGUCGAUUAUAUUAGAAAGCACCCUGUUUUGAACCUCCUGGUGGCCGGAGGGGGGUGACCCACUCUUAGAGAGAGAGAGGGAGAGUGGGCGGAGGUGCUGGUGGUGGUGGUGGUGGUGGAGGUGUGAGAGAGA